UGAACAUAACGCUAAAGGUACAAUCGUUAUGCGCUUGUGCGUGAGUAAAGGCGAUGGAAGUGUGGAAACCGCUUCAUUCAAGAGAGGAAAUUCUGCAAAUAUUCGGUUUAGUUGUGUUCGAGAACUGAAAAUGACACAUCCGAAGCAUAUAACAAUAGACAAUUUUUCUGAUGGUGAAAUAAUUUCCUACCAACUAAUCAUACUCAAGGGAACCAUCCACAAAGAUUCUAAUGGCAAAAGCGAUGAAAAUAACAUAUUUUUACAACAUCUCGAUAAUCAAUUCUUCCACAAUAGCCAAAGUUAUCAGUUCAAAUUCAUCCUCAGCUUGAGGGAAGGACCGAACAAUAUAACAAUAAAGUAUUGCUGUCAUGAAGUUCAAAUUAGUUUACAAUAUGUUCCGAGAAUAUUGACAUAUACAGUGUGUCCCCUUUACAUUAUAUGUAAAGGACAUGACGGCAGGUUUCAAGCUCCUGAAAACCAGAAUAAUUCGAAAGAAAGCGCUUGUAAAAGGAUAAUGUUGAUAUCUAAAAUGCUCCAGUGCGUUACUGCUGAAAAAUUAUACGAAAAAACACUGAACAGAAAAACUUUCGUUUUGGAAGAGGAGUGCCAAAUUUUUUAUAGUGAAUUAUGUUAUCUCGACGCUGUAAAGAUGGAAGAGAAGCAAUUAUGGGAAUAUUUCGGCAGGGAAAUCAUGAGGUCUGCGCUAGGUACAGCUAGACGGAAAUAUUUGGGAUUUCUUUCGUGUACCAGGUAUUGUUCGGAAAAGUAUGACGAAUCUUUCGUCUCUCACAGCGACCUAAUAAAUAUAACUGACGCUUACGUAGCUCUUGGUGGAGGUGGAUUGGCUCUUUUUGGAUCAGCCAGUCUAUAUACGUGGCCAGAAAAUAUGGAAGACAUAGUGAAAUGUUUCGAAGAUCAGACCCCCGUUGACAAAACGAAAUUUUUGGACGACAGCGGUUAUAGGGGAACACUAGGAGCGUGCUUCUCCACCAGCCUGGGUUCAGUGCUCCACGAGCUGGGCCAUACUUUCGAUCUGGGUCAUACAAAAUCGGGAAUUAUGGCUAGGGGCUUCGACAACAUCUAUAAAGUCUUCACGCCACACUCCGAAGACGAUCGUAAAAUAUCGACCAAUUUUCACAAGACAAUAGAGUUCAGGGAAAAUUUCGAGCCAAAGUUGCUUUCGGAAAGACUGAAAAAUAUGCCAAAGGAAUUCCAAGUGACAGGAUCCACCAAGACUGAGAGGGACGCUGAUGAUACUUUUUGGACUAAGAGCUGUGCCACCAUACUAAGCAACCAUAGAUGGUUCAAUAAUUUUUCUGAGGAUUCAACAUACGUUCUCAAGUACGAUGACAACUCAAAAGUUUUCCUAUCGACGGCUGGUUUGCGAGUUAUCGAGUUGAGAAGAAAUAGCGAUGAGAUGGUUUUGAAGGACUGGGUUUUCAACGGAAAAAUCUUGAAGUAUUCAUUUCCUGUACCUCUGGAUCCAAACGCAGACGAUUCUUUAGACUCGAUAGUGUUCGCCGAGGACAACGUAGGGAAUAUUUUGAAAUUGAAAUAUUGAAAACCAUCAUUAACAUCAUGCCUCUAAUAUUAUCAAUUCUGAACGUGGAAAUUUCUGUCAUUUCUAAAACUGCAAAAAAAACUCUUCGAUAAAGUAGACUGGAAUAUCGUAGGGAUAUAGGAUGUCUGCAGAUUAGAAUUUUUGAUAUUACACUGAACUUGAAGAAAAUGUUGCAUGCAUGGAAAUCCAUAGAUGCGGUCUCUAAUUUCCUCAGUUACUUAAUUGUUCUGAAACUCUUUCAAUACUAUAAGUAUUUUUCUGAGUAACCUAAUAUAAAUUACAAUAUAAACGAUGGGUAAUAUUUUAUCGUAUUGUUGAAAAUAAAAUUUAUUAGAUACAUGUUUAA